AGACUGCUCCUGUGCAUGCUAACACGGAGUAGCCCGAAAGUCUUCAGAUGAAAUGUCCGUGAAAUAGUUAUCACGAAGUUCAAAGUACGGAGUGGUGUUUUUUUUUUUUUUAGUUUAAGUUUCUAAACUUCUCAGUCUACAAAGAUGUUUUCAUCUGUGUGGAAUUUUAUUAAACGUCACAAAAGGAAAUUUAUUUUCACCGGAGCUUUUAUCGGAGGAGUGUACUUUCUGGGUAAGUAUGCUCAGAAGAAGAUCGGGGAUAUCCAGGAGAAGGAGGCGACGGAGUACAUCGCUCAGGCCAGACGACAGUUCCACUUUGAAAGCAACCAGAGAACGUUCAACAUGACGGUGCUGUCCAUGCUCCCUCCACUAAAAGAAGCCAUCAUCAAUCAACUCAACUCAGAAAGUCUCACAGCACUACUAAAGACCAAACCAGCCAACAAGCUUGAAGUCUGGGAAGACUUAAAGAUCAUCAGUUUCACCCGCACCAUCGUCGGGGUGUACAGCACCUGCAUGCUGGUGGUUCUCCUCAGAGUCCAGCUGAACAUCAUCGGAGGAUACCUGUACCUGGACAACUCUGUGGGCAAGAGCGCAAUGACUCCUCUGGCUCCUCCAGACGUCCAGCAGCAGUACCUGUCCAGCAUCCAGCACCUUCUGGGAGACGGUUUGACAGAGUUGAUGACGGUCGUGAAGAGAGCAGUUCAGAACUCACUGGGAGGCAUGUCUCUGAAGCAGAGUCUGUCUCUGCUGGAGUUGGAGCAGCAGCUCAGUUGGAUCAGGGCGGAGGUGGAGGCGGGAUCAGAGCGACCGCUGUCCUGGUACAUGCUGGCUGACGACGAGAACACGCUCGCCGAUCAGGCCUGUGGGCUGACAGAAAACGACGCCGUGACCAUCAGACUGUUAAACGAGACGAGAGACAUGUUGGACAGCCCAGACUUCGGCACCGUCCUCAGCACCUGUUUGAACCGAGGCUUCUCUCGUCUUCUGGACAACCUGGCCGAGUUCUUCCGCCCGCCUCCUGGUGACUCCUCCCCUGAGUCCGCACCUGACAGUCUGUCUGCGGUCAGUCUUCCGCUGGCAAAGAUCAUCCCCAUCAUGAACGGUCAGAUCAACACCAUCUGCAGCGAGACUCCCAGUCACUUUGUUCAGGACCUGCUGAUGAACGACCAGGUGAAGGAGUUUGCCGCCAACGUCUACGAGACCUUCAGCACGCCGCAGGAGCUGCAGAAAUAAAACAACAGCAUGAGGAGGAGGAGGAGGAGGAGGAGGAGGAGAAUGAGGAGAGGGAUGAAAACAGAAAUGAUACAAGCCUCUGGACUGUGACUCCCUCCUUCAUUUUCCAUGAGACACUUUCCUCCUCCGCAUCCCGCAGACUUCUCGCUUCGUGACGGAUAAUAUUUGAGGGAGAAAUGACCACGACAUAUCUGCAUCUGGAGAGUGUGUCACUCUGUGAACAGCGCCAUCAUAGAUUCAUAAACUGCUGCAGAGAGACGCGACUCUCUGGGUGUCUCCCUGGGACAACUGCAUCUUGGGAACUGGAGUCUUGUUUGACCUGGUGAUGUAGUCUGUACCCCAGAGAGAAAGGAGAGAUGCACAGAGUUCUGUGAAGGAGUAUUCAGGAAUGGUUAAACACGUGGAGGCAUCGUCAGCUCAUC